UAUAACCAUGAUAUCUGUAUAGGCCGAAUAACGAAAAAAAAAAGGAUAAUCCCAGAAUUAGCGCGUAUCUCAGGAUAAACGGCCAAUUCCAAUGUAAUUAUGAAAUUGUAGGAAUCGUCUAUAGGCACCUCAGAAUUAGUAAGAAAUACCGGAACCCAACGGCCAGCCCCCACCGCACGAGGAAGCUACGACGAGGAAGUCCUCGACUCUUGGCCGGCAGCCGCUGCCGCUCCCGCUCCCGCUCCGAUUCCCCUCCCACUCACCAGCUACCACUCGGCAGUCUUCGGCUCAGCUCUCCGUCCUGCCGCGUGCUUCGACUAUUUCCGCUGGAUCCAAAUGACAGGACCAAUCAGCUGAUGACAUCUGAUGCCGUCCCACCGACACCACCAAUCAAUUGCCGCACAUUCUCCCGGUGAGAAAACUCGCUCUUUGUCACUCACUCUUCCUCUUCCUCCGUCAUUGCCAUUUAUCUGUGCAGUUGUGUGAAGGUAAUACCAAUGGUGGGGGAGAUAGUGUGGGCAACCUUCCGCCAUCCACUCGACACUUCCUAAAGGCUUGCUUCGAGAGUUUCAAGCGUUUCAAGGGACGAUAUACAAAGAAUUCUCAGUCGCUCGUCAGCUACAGUACAGGGCGGUGGUGUUACACACGGUGCAGUCACUGUUUAUUAUUUCACCCCCUCGAUCAUAACCCUCUGACUCAUUCACAAUACUAUAAACAAAACAAUCACAUUAAAGUUAAUACGAGCGAAUGCGCAAACUGUUAAAAUGAUGAGAGGCAGUAUGGGAUGAUGGGGAUAAGAGAACAGUGAUGAAAGACCAAUUGAACUGUUUCGAUCAGCAUCGACUGUGAUUUAAAAAAAAAUUACCAUAUUAAAUAACGAGAGUUGAACAGUUAUUAUCACGUGUUCAGUGGAUUAGUUUUUUGAAGAACUUUGUGAGUUCCGUGUAAUAUGGACGUACGAUUCCACCGAAAAUAAUAAGGUGCUCCCCGGAGUCAAACCCCCUCUCCAAUACUUGUUCGGUUGUGGGAUACAUUUGGAGGGAUUGACCAAUGAACAGUGGUAAAGUGCAAGUUAUAUCGCGAAGAACGGCGAGACGGCUACCAGUGACACUCAUUCUUGGAUUUUAGAGGGAUUUAACUGAAGCUGGUUGAGCACGUGCCGAUACCUGGGACUACAUAAGUGUUAUGAAACUAGUGUCGACGAUCCAAUUGCCACAGCUACCGCCAGUCACCGCCGCUGGCGGCAUGACGGGAAUGGACUCACGUCUCCCACCAGGGAUAUCCCUUCCUUUCAGUCCCACAGAUUUGCUAUGGCGAUAUGGACCCACCAUGAGUUUUCCACCCGCCUCACAUCCAUCAUCUGGUUCACUGCUCGAUUUUAAGAACCACUUGCCAUCCAGUCUCGCUUCAGAUCCUCGUGUAUGGUCUCGUGACGAUGUGACAACGUUUCUCCGUUGGGCAGAGCGAGAAUUCGAGCUCCCUUCAAUCGACAUGGAUAUGUUUCAAAUGAAUGGUAAAGCCCUUUGUCUUCUGACAAAAUCUGAUUUCGGAGAGAGAUGCCCAGGAGCCGGUGACGUACUUCACAAUGUCCUUGGUAUGUUAGCACGUGAUUUCAAUCAACUUCAAAGAUGUAUGCCGAGCAGUCCAGUGACACCCACACGGCCAUCGGCAUAUCCAUUGAGUCCACACUCCCAUCCACCAACGCCAACGUGGGUUGAGAAUCCAUACGCUGCUAAUUUAGCAUCACUCAUGUCAGCCAACUCUGUGACACUAUCGCCAGCACCUUCGGUGGACAGUCAGGCCGGGUCACCGGGCCACACUGAGAAUGGACAUACGCAGAUUUAUAAGAGUGACUCUGAUGAGGAUAAUCAGCAGGGCAGCGGCAGCCCACCAGCAACACCAACGGCACUUACUGCUCAGAGGCUUAGUGAAGUUUGUGUUAAGGACCAACCGAGUCCCACUUUAUCGUCCCAAUUGAUGCCACUUACGCCUGGGGGCUUUCGGCCUGGCUCUAAUGCACGGGAAUUCUUCCCCAGCGAUUCACCCGAACCUAAUACGAAUGGAAGACUUUUAUGGGAUUUCCUACAGCAAUUAUUGAACGAUCCCAGUCAGAGAUACACCCACUAUAUCGCGUGGAAGAGUCGAGAAACUGGUGUAUUCAAAAUAGUUGAUCCUCCUGGACUCGCAAGACUCUGGGGAAUCCAGAAAAACCAUUUAUCAAUGAAUUACGACAAAAUGAGUAGGGCACUGCGUUAUUACUACAGAGUUAACAUCUUGAGGAAAGUCCAGGGAGAACGUCAUUGCUACCAGUUUCUCCGCAAUCCAACAGAACUGAAGAAUAUAAAAAAUAUAUCCCUCCUCCGCCAACAAAUGAGAAUAAAAUCCGAGCCCGACGAGGACAAUACUAUAUCAAACGGCAUGGAGCCGGAAGUUGACAUGCCAACUGAUCUCUCAAUGUCAAGUAUGAACCAACCCUCGUGUGAACAAUCACAUGUACAACCUCUGCCGCUUCUCGAUCCACCAGCAAAAUACCGCAGCCACGCUUACAAUCUGGUUAAAACUAAUCAAGAGUCGGAAGAGAGGAAGUGACGUGAGACUUAACAGCGACUAGAAAUAUCACCAUUUUACUCUCCCUCUUGGUUGACAAUCGUUGUUACGUUCCCGUUGUUAUUUUGUAACGAUAAAAAAAACGAAAUAACACGUGAGUGGUAGCAUUUACUCAAUUAUACUCUCUCUGACGUCCAACGAAUAUGAAUUGAAUAUAAUUUGCUUGUAUUUGGAUGCUCAGGGAAAAUUGAUGAUUUUUCGGUGAAUUCCCACUAAAGAGAAUUCAUAAGUAAAAUGAGGAUUAAAAACGUUAGUAACGUUUUAUCUUACUCGUGUCUUUUGGGCCUCGAUGUGAAUUUAUGUCGAGAAAAGACUGAUCCAUAGGACCGAAAAUAUGCAAUCCUCUCUUCAGCAUUGGAAUAGUGAAAUAAAAUAAAAUAAAAUCGAUUUUGAAACAGUGGUUUGAGGAAAAAAAAAUUCUUCGAUCUCCGUGAGUGGUCGGACGUUCCUUCCUGAAAUAUUUUCCGAUUGUUUAAGAGAAACGCUUCAUCUUUACCCCAUAAUCGAAUAACCCGACGAUCUGGUUUAAUAUACGUUCUGCAAUACCAUAUGAGAUUCCAGUUGGAUUUUCCAUGAAUAUUCCAACGCGUGUUAUUUUAUCGAUUUUCCAUGAAUCAGUUUUCCAAUAGAUUGUUCAUUCUUCACUUUGCCUUCAAUUUUCCCUCACAAAUUUGCCCAAAUGUGUUUUUUUUUUCAAAAUUAUUAGAAACUUUGAUAAAAACAUUUGGAAACGAUAAAAUGUCAUUCAAUAAAUGGGUUCGAAGAGGAGAUGAACCUGGGAUAUUAAUUAUCAAAUAAAUUGCAUCAUUUAAUUUUCUCCCGAAUCUGUGCCAAGAACGUUACCUUAUCACUUAAAGAGAAUGAGUAUGAAAUUUGGGUACGUGAGAAUAACGGGGGAAGAUGGGAUAAAAUGGACAUCGCAUUUAACUCUCACUAGACAAUGGGAAUAUUUUUAUUUCCUAUUUUUCAUCUUCUAGAAUGAACUAUCGGUGAAAUCAAUCUCAAAAUAAAACUCGUUCAUUUCAAGCUCCAUUUAUAUACAGUUCAGUAGCAUUAAUGUGAUAUGGUCUAUUCCCUAUUGAUAUAUAUUAACAAUAGUAAGGAAAACCAAUAUUUUAACGAUAUAGAAACGUCCAUUCUACCCCGACUUCUCCCUAAAUUUUAAUUUAGUCUUAUCGAGCUUCCAUUCAGUACGUUAACUCUUUCAUUUUUAGGGGAUUAAAUCCUCUAAUAUUUUUUAUUGUCGUCCUGUUUAAUACUAAAAGCGUGCAAAUACGUUUGGCAGGUUGCAAUUUCAAUGAUAGACUAUAACUUUUUUUUAGAAAUACAUAAGAAAUAUAUGGCUAAUGUAAAUAGAUUUUUACUCGUAAUGACUGUAAGAGUAAUGAUACAUUAUAAGUAGAUUGAUAAUAGAGAGGAAGCAAUUUGAUAAAGAUAAAUUCUAUCUGAAGUGAGGUGAAAGGUUAAAAAAAACCGUAGGAAAAAUUAAUUCUAUUAAAAAAAAAUCCGGGGCCAGAGUUAUAUUUAAAUUUAUAUAUA